CCCCCCUUGUUCCCUUUGAUUUAAUAUGGGCUUAUGGGCCUUAAGCCUCGGGCCAUUAAUAUAGUGAAACGAAACAUUAAUGGGCUUCUCCAUUUUUAAUUCAAAAAAACAUGUAAUUAAUUCUUGGAACAAUAAUAACACUUUCAAGAAUCGUCGCCGUUGGCCGCCGUGCCUCUCCGAUCAUCUUCCCGUUGGUGAAAUGGCGAAUGGUUCAGCAAGGAAAAGCUCAAUAAAGGCUUCCUCUCGAAAGAGUUUUCUUCUUCCCUCAAGUGUGAUCAUCAUUGUUGGGAUAAUCUUGGCGUUGACUUAUCAGUCGAAGUUGAAACCUCCUCCGCCGAAGCUAUGUGGCUCUCCCGGUGGUCCACCUAUCACAGCGCCGAGGAUAAAGCUGAGAGAUGGAAGGCAUUUGGCAUUCAAAGAGCAUGGACUUCCAAGAGAGAAAGCUAACCGCAAAAUCAUCUUCAUCCAUGGAUCCGAUUGCUGUAGACACGACGCCGUUUUCGCCACUCUCCUCUCUCAGGAUUUAGUAGAGGAACUAGGUGUAUAUAUGGUUUCAUUCGAUAGACCGGGCUAUUGUGAGAGUGAUCCGCAUCCAAAUCGUACACCUCGAAGCUUGGUUUCGGACAUUGAAGAGCUCGCUGAUCAAUUGAGUCUAGGGUCGAAAUUUUAUGUGCUCGGGUACUCGAUGGGGGGACAAGCAGCAUGGGGAUGCCUUAAAUACAUUCCUCAUAGGUUAGCCGGAGUAACACUUGUUGCUCAUGUGGUUAACUAUUAUUGGAGGAACUUACCUUUGAACGUUUCUACUGAAGGAUUUAACUUGCAACAAAAGAGAGAUCAAUGGGCAGUUCGUGUUGCUCACUAUGCUCCUUUGCUUAUCUAUUGGUGGAACACACAAAAAUGGUUCCCGGGUUCGAGUAUUGCGAACCGAGAUCACAGUCUCUUGUCACAGCCGGAUAGAGAUAUCAUUUCAAAGCUUGGUUCUUCAAGGAAACCGCAUUGGGAAGAAGUAAGGCAACAAGGAAUACAUGAGAGUUUCAACCGCGACAUGAUCGUGAGAUUUGGGAAUUGGGAGUUUGAUCCUGUAGAACUCGAGAAUCCAUUUUUGAACAAUGAAGGCUCUGUGAAUUUGUGGCAAGGGGAUGAGGACAUGUUAGUGCCUGUGACGCUGCAACGUUACAUUGCUCAUAAGCUUCCUUGGCUUCACUAUCAUGAGGUUCCGGGAAGUGGCCACUUCUUCCCCUUCGCUAAAGGUGUGGUUGAUGAGAUUGUUAAGACAGCGCUGAUGCAGAGCAUUAACUAAGAUAAGAUCACAAAGGUCUAAAAAAAGCCUAAAAGAUUAUGGGUACAAAAGAUUUCUUAUGUAAAAUGGUUUACAUAUACGAAAACAUAAUAAAAAGUAGACUUUUUUACA